CCCCUUUAAAUUGGCUUGCAUAGUAUAGAUGAAGAGUGGCAUAUACAUUUGUAACAGAGAGCAAAUUUAUCUUAAGUGAUAACUUUCUUUUUGACUGCAAUAUCCCAAACAGAAAAAAGCCAAUACAUCAUUAAAAGCUUUGGAUUGGAUUAUCAUCAUUCACAGCAACCAACACCACCACCACCCACAAAACCAUGGGAGAAAAAGAGAAGAAGAAGAACCAUAAGAAGCAAAAGCACCAACACCCAAAUGACCAAACCACAAAACCAGCAUCAGAUAUAUCUUUCAAGCCUUGUUCUGAGGUAAAAGGCCUCAAAUUUGGAGGCCAAUUAAUGGUAAAAUCAUUUACAAUCCGAAGAGCAAGACCUCCUGAGCUUCUGAAACUUCUUUCUUAUCCAGAGUUAAACAAAUCCAACAAUAACAACAACAACAACAACAAAGUCCCUUUUCCUUCAACCACAGCCUUCUUGCCUACAAACUUCACAAUCUUGGCUCACCACGCUUGGCACACGCUAACUCUUGGGCUUGGCACCAAAAAGUCCAAGGUAGUUCUAUUUGUUUUCGAAUCUGAAAAUAUGAAGUUAGCAGUGGACAGAAUAUGGCCGCCGGAGAUACCUCUCGGAGAAGUCAGUAAGAAGCUUAUAAGAGGCCUAAAUGGGUGUGAAAUGGCAAGGUUCAAGUUCAGAAAAGGCUGUAUCACUUUCUAUGUAUACGCAGUGAGGCGAGUGGGCAACAAUGGCUUCUCAUCUGCCGAUGAUUUAAGAACAAUUUUGCAGUCGGUUGUUGCUCUCAACGAUUUCUUGGAUCACACAGCGAUGCUUGCCAUGCCUAACCAGAGAAGCAUCAAUUACUCUACUCCUCCGGUCGCUAUGGCUCAUUAGACAUCCCUAUUAACUUCAAAACAUUCAUCUUUUUUCUUCUUUACACCAUUAUCAUCGACAUCAUCGCCAAUAUAUAUCAUUAUCUUCCUCUCGUGGACUUUUUUCUAAAAAUUUGUUAACUUUCUAUAUUUUUUUCUUCUGGGUAUGGGGAAUUGGUUAUAUGUUGGGAACCUUGUUUAUGUUUCUUUUAAAAAAUUGUAUUGUAGAAUGAAUAAAUCUCAGUCUUUUCAA